AUGGCGGGCAGCGGCGUUGGGGGCGGUGGUGCCGGGGAGACGAAGGUGAUUUACCACCUGGAUGAAGAAGAGACUCCCUACCUGGUGAAGAUCCCCGUCCCCGCCGAGCGCAUCACCCUCGGCGAUUUCAAGAGCGUCUUGCAGCGGCCCGCGGGCGCUAAGUACUUUUUCAAGUCUAUGGAUCAGGAUUUCGGGGUGGUGAAGGAAGAGAUUUCAGAUGACAAUGCUCGCCUUCCCUGCUUCAACGGAAGGGUAGUAUCCUGGUUAGUGUCAUCAGAUAACCCCCAACCUGAGAUGGCCCCCCCAGCCCACGAGCCUCGGACAGACCCGGUGCCUCCACCGCCACCUGUACCCCCUCUGCCACCGGAGAGGACCAGUGGCAUUGGAGACUCCAGGCCUCCAUCCUUCCACCCUAACGUGUCCAGCAGCCGGGAAAAUCUGGAGCCCGAGACAGAAACAGAGUCAGUGGUGUCUCUGAGGCGGGAGCGACCUCGCAGGCGAGACAGCAGUGAGCGUGGCGCGGGGGGCCACCGGCCCAGCGGCCCCUCGAGGCUGGAGCGCCACCUGGCAGGGUAUGAGAGCUCCUCCACCCUCAUGACCAGUGAGCUGGAGAGCACCAGCCUGGGGGACUCGGACGAGGAGGACACCAUGAGCAGCAGCUCCACGGAGCAGAGCAGCGCCUCCCGCCUCCUCAAGCGCCACCGGCGGCGGAGGAAACAGCGGCCACCCCGCCUGGAGAGGGCCUCAUCCUUCAGCAGCGUCACCGAUUCCACCAUGUCUCUCAACAUCAUCACAGUCACGCUCAACAUGGAGAAGUACAACUUCCUGGGCAUCUCCAUCGUGGGUCAGAGCAAUGAGCGGGGAGAUGGAGGCAUCUACAUCGGCUCCAUCAUGAAGGGUGGGGCUGUGGCGGCUGAUGGGCGCAUUGAGCCCGGGGACAUGCUUUUGCAGGUGAACGACAUGAACUUUGAGAACAUGAGCAACGAUGAUGCGGUGCGGGUGCUGAGGGAUAUCGUGCACAAGCCGGGCCCCAUCGUGCUGACUGUAGCCAAGUGCUGGGAUCCCUCUCCCCAGGCCUAUUUCACUCUCCCCCGAAAUGAGCCCAUCCAGCCGAUUGACCCUGCUGCCUGGGUCUCACACUCUGCUGCGCUGACUGGCACCUUCCCAGCCUAUCCAGGCUCUUCGUCCAUGAGCACCAUCACAUCUGGGUCCUCUCUUCCUGAUGGCUGUGAGGGCCGGGGCCUCUCCAUCCAUACAGACAUGGCAUCUGUGACCAAGGCCAUGGCAGCUCCAGAGUCUGGACUGGAAGUUCGGGACCGCAUGUGGCUCAAGAUCACCAUCCCUAACGCCUUUCUGGGCUCGGACGUGGUUGACUGGCUCUACCAUCACGUGGAGGGCUUUCCUGAGCGGCGGGAGGCCCGAAAGUAUGCCAGCGGGCUGCUCAAGGCAGGCCUUAUCCGGCACACUGUGAACAAGAUCACCUUCUCUGAGCAGUGCUAUUAUGUCUUUGGAGACCUCAGUGGCGGCUGUGAGAGUUACCUAGUCAACCUGUCUCUGAAUGACAACGAUGGCUCCAGUGGUGCUUCGGACCAGGACACCUUGGCUCCUUUGCCCGGGGCCACCCCCUGGCCCCUGCUGCCCACCUUCUCCUACCAGUACCCAGCCCCGCAUCCAUACAGUCCCCAGCCCCCACCCUACCACGAGCUCUCGUCCUACACCUACGGCGGAGGCAGUGCCAGCAGCCAGCACAGUGAGGGGAGCCGGAGCAGUGGGUCGACACGAAGCGAUGGGGGGGCAGGGCGCACAGGGAGGCCUGAGGAGCGGGCCCCUGAGUCCAAGUCUGGCAGCGGCAGUGAGUCUGAGCCUUCCAGCCGGGGCGGCAGCCUUCGGCGGGGCGGGGAACCUGGUGGGACUGGUGAUGGGGGCCCUCCCCCAUCCAGGGGCUCAUCAGGAGGUGCUCCCAAUCUCCGAGCCCACCCAGGGCUCCAUCCCUAUGGCCCACCUCCUGGCAUGGCCCUCCCGUAUAACCCCAUGAUGGUGGUCAUGAUGCCCCCUCCCCCACCCCCUGUCCCUCCAGCAGUGCAGCCUCCAGGGGCUCCUCCAGUCAGAGACCUGGGCUCCGUGCCCCCAGAGCUGACGGCCAGCCGCCAAAGCUUCCACAUGGCCAUGGGCAACCCCAGUGAGUUCUUUGUGGAUGUUAUGUAG